AUGGCGCCUGAAAGACCUGUGGCUUCUGCAGAUGGUACUGGAGAUGCUGCUGAUCUUGCGAGGGCAUUCCAAGAGCUGACGAAAGGCGAGCGCACCGCCACAGCAUUGGAGAACCAGUUGAACGUGAUGGAGGCCAGAAUCGAAGCAAUGCUGGCUGAAGCGGAGAAAACACAGAAGGAGGCGGAGGCUGGCAAAAGCGACAAGCAAAACUCGAGCAGUAAUAAGAGCGAAGGUGACGGAAGUGCUGCAAGCGGAAACAGCUGA